UUUCCAUGGAAGAGCUAAGGCGAUUGGAGAAGUUUCAGAGUGUUGUAUCAGCCAUUACUUCUCACGGUUUACUUUCUUCUUCUUCUUCAUCUUCCGAUCCAGCCUCCUCUCGCUUCCUUUCCAGUCUCGUCCUUUUCCUGGUACAACCUUGCGGCGACCUCGAUAUUGGUUCGAAGCUCGGUCUAGCCUCUGAUUUCUUACCGAAAAUAACUGGACCUUUCCUAGAGGAGAUAUCGAUGUCAAUUCAGGGAGACAAUGAAACGAAACCUGUAGACACAAGUUCAGAGUCCCAAAAGAGUUAUCUGAAGAGGAGUGUCAUGGACAAUAUUGAUCCUUACACGUCACAGAAACACCAACAAGUCGUGCCAAUGCUCAGGCUUGAUGCAAUGAAAAGAGCAAACUCUACACUUGAGGAUUUCUCCAGGUCUUAUUUCAUGUUCCACGGCUUGGAUAUUAACGAGCCGCAGUCAAUAUUCAGAUACUUACCUGUGCUUUCAUUCACAGAGAGUUACAUAUAUCAGAUGGAUGCUCUUAAUGAGAAGAUAGUCAGUGAAUCAGCUUGUGGAUCCCAAGUCACUUAUUCAAGUAAUGGAUGGAAUGCUGAAUCACGAGUUCUGUUUGAAACUGAUCCAUUGAAGCCGCUCGGAGAUCUGCUUGAACGCGAGGGUCUUUUGACACAAAGAAUACAACAAGAAUUUAAGUCGGGAGAAGAGUAUUGGGCGUUAGAAAGAAGGCUUUGCCGUGUUCUUUCAAACAAAAACAAGAUCUGUCUGGAAGAUGUGAUGAGAGCAAUUCAUUUGAAGUCUUUUGAUUACCGGGUGUUGAAUCUUCUACUAUACAAGUUGAGAGGAGAAGAGGUGAAUGAGUUGCAUAUGGACUUCUUGUCAAUCUCAGAGUUCCUGGUUGAAGUAGCUGAUGAUCUGUUCGAUUACGAGGACGAUGUGGUCGAGAACCAUUUCAAUGUAUUACGAAUGUUUGUGGGGAUAUUCGGCCCAUCGAAUGCACCCACUGAGCUGGCGAAGCAGAUAUCGGAAGCUGAAGAGAAGUAUGAAGAGAUAAUGAAAUCGUUGGAUCCACAUUUGUCUUCUAAUUACAAAAGAAGAUGUGAAGAAGCUACUAAAGAAGAAAAAAAAAGCUUAGGUGGGAAAGUUUGUGGGCAUUCGCUGGGAACAUGGAACAUACCGGCGGUUAUUUCCGACGAAGAAGCAUACCGAGCUGCUCAACGAUAAAGUUAAGGUUAUAUACCGGUUUAAACCGGGAAUGGGAAUUGGGAUGAGUAACGUUUUUCAUCGUAUCCUUCGCCGAGACUUGGUUAGGCGUAAGCUUGUGACCAAACAGCUGAGCCGUCUCUGAAAGGGAAAAUAUGUAGAAGAGUGUGGGACCUACGUAUCAAAUAGGAGACAAAAGCCAUUGACUCUUAGAAUUGGAUCAUGCGAUAAUAAUUUCAGCUUUUUUUGUUUUUUGUUUUUUUUUUUUUGCGAUCUCGUUGUGUUACUGUGAAAGUCUUCUCUUUCUGCAGAUCUUUUUUUUUUUUUGGCUACACAAUCUUUAUUUUGUGUGACUUCAUUUAUUUGUUUAUUUUUAAUUUUUUUUUAAAGAGAGAAUUGCGACAAAUCAGGU